GGGAAUACAGAUGCCUCCCUGGGUAUACUGGGAAGCCAUUCUUAAUCACCUGCUUAGAAACCUCCAAGUGGUCAGAUGCUCAGCAGUUCUGUAAACAUAUCGACUCAUUGGUGACUCAUCUGCUACAUGUAUUGCCUCAGGCAAGGGUGUAACUUGGGAUAAUAAUAUUCCUUAUUGUGAAUGUGAGUAAAAUAGUCUCUUUAUGGCAUCCUACUAAAUUACUCUUAUCUCUUUCUAAAGGGAAACUUGGCAUCUGCACAUAAAAAUGAGUGCCUGGGAAGUCUCACUAAGUUUGGGUUGUUAUGGACACAGCUCUGAAUGGAAUUCUUCCAUGAUCUCUAGUUCUAUAAUAGUUUUCCACUAAUGUUCUUUUAUGAUAUUAUUUAAUAGUGAAUAGAUUAUUACAUUUAAAAUAGGCAUGCAAUUACACACUGACAAAUGUAACCAUGCAAAAGUAGAUCACCCUAAGAAGUCUCUAGUAACAGAGUGUCUGUAGUCUGUCUGGGCUCAUAACUUUUUGACUUUUUACCAGCCAGUUCCAUGUAUUUUCCUUUCUAGCUUACUUUUAUUUAGAUCAGAACACAGAAUUCUGAUAUUAUAGACAUGUUAUAGGUAAAGUUUAAGUUUGGUUUAUGAAAAUGAAGACUAAAUUUUCAGAAAAUAUAACAUUUCAAUGCCUUCUCUCUUUUCUUAACUACUUCAUUUCAAAAGCUAUUCCUUGUGAAUCACCUCCAGCCAUCGCCAAUGGGGACUUCUACAGCAGCAGUAGAGACAGCUUUUUCUAUGGAAUGGUAGUAACUUAUCACUGCCAUCUUGGAAAGAAUAGGGAAAAACUGUUUGACCUAGUGGGUGAGAAGUCAAUAUAUUGCACCAGCAAAGACAAUAAAAUUGGCAUCUGGAAUAGUCUACCCCCUCAGUGUAUUGGUAUAGUCAAUUGCCCAGUGCCAGAAAUUGAAAAUGGAGAUGUGGAGUAUGGAUUUAAACACUCCUUCUUCUUAAACGAUACAGUAAUGUUUAAGUGCAAGCCUGGUUUUACUAUGAAUGGCAGCAAUAUAGUAUGGUGCCAGCCAAACAGCAAAUGGAGCCCUCCACUGCCAACAUGCUUCAAGGGAUGUCUACCACCUCAAAAUAUCCUCCAUGGUGAUUAUAACAAAAGAGAUGAGGAAUUCUUUUCUGUUGACCAGGAAGUGUCAUAUAGCUGUGAACCUGGCUAUACUCUCAUUGGAACUAACCUUGUGCAGUGUACAUCCUUGGGAACCUGGAGCCAUACAGCCCCAACAUGUGAAGUGAAAUCAUGUGAUGCCAUUCCAAACCAACUUCUCAAUGGCCAUGUGUUUCUUCCUCUUAAUCUCCAACUUGGGGCAGAGGUUUCCUUUGCUUGUGAUCAAGGGUUCCAGUUAAAUGGAAAAUCUUCUAGUCAGUGUGUCCCAGAAGGAGAGACAGUAAUCUGGAAUAAUAAGUUUCCUGUUUGUGAACAGAUUUCUUGUGACCCUCCUCCUGAAGUCGAAAAUGCUCGGAAACCCCAUUAUUCUCUUCCCAUACCCCUUCAAACAGUUGUGCAGUACAGCUGUUUACCUGGCUUCCGUCUCAUUGGAGAAAAGACUCUUUUUUGCAUAAGUAAAGAUCAAGUGAAUGGCACUUGGGAUAAAGCUCCUCCUGUAUGUGAAAUUUUGAAUAAACAUUCUGGUUGUUCAGAGCCCAGUGUACCAGGUGGAUUCAAAGAUAAAAGAUCUAGACCACCUUUCAAACAUGGUGAUUCUGUGACAUUUACCUGUAGAGCCAACUUCACCAUGAAAGGAACCAAAACAGUCUGGUGCCAAGCAAAUAAGAUGUGGGGACCAACACCACUGCCAAUCUGUGAAAGCAAUUUCCCUCUAGUGUGCCCAUCACUUCCCAUGAUCCAUAAUGGACACCACACAGGACAGCAUGUUGGCCAGUUUGUUGCAGGGUUGUCUGUGACAUACAUUUGUGAUCCUGGUUAUUUGCUUAUUGGACAAAAGACAAUUAAGUGCUUAUCUUCAGGAGACUGGGAUAGUGUCAUCCCCACAUGCAAAGAGGCCAAGUGUGAACCUCCAGGAGAGAUCCCCAAUGGGCAGAUAAAAGGGCCUCUGAAUCUUCAGGUUGGCAAAACUGUGUACUUCUCCUGUAAUGAAGGGUAUCAAUUACAAGGACAACCUAGUCAGUGUGUAAUUGUUGAACAGAAAGCCAUUUGGACCAAGAAGCCAGUAUGUAAAGAAAUUCUCUGCCCCCCACCUCCACCUGUUCUUAAUGGAAGACAUACAGGCAGCUUUUCAACAAAUGUACCAUAUGGAAGCACAGUUACCUACAUCUGUGACUCAAGCCCAGAGAAAGGAGUGAACUUCAUUCUUAUUGGAGAGAAGACUAUCUAUUGUACCAGCGACAGUAAGAAGAGUGGGAUUUGGAGUGGCCCUCCUCCACGUUGUGAACUUUCAACUUCUGCAGUUCAGUGUCUAAAGCCCCAGAUAGAUAGAGGCCAAAUGUUAUCAGAUUUGAAAGAUAGAUAUUCCUAUAAUGAUACUGUGACAAUUUCUUGUGAAUCUGGGUUCAAUUUGAAGGGCAGCAGGAGAAUCCGAUGCAAUGCCCAGGGCUCAUGGGAGCCAUCCAUACCAGUGUGUGAAAAAGAAUGUCAAGCUCCUCCUAAAAUCAUCAAUGGGCAAAAAGACGAUAGGCACUUCCUCAACUUUGACCCUGGAACAUCCAUAAGAUACAGCUGUGAUCCUGGCUAUUUACUGGUGGGGGCGGACACCAUAUACUGUACUCCUGAGGGGAAGUGGACACCCACUGCCCCUCAGUGUAAAGUUGCAGAGUGUAAACCAGUAGGACCAUAUCUUUUUAAGAGGCCUCAGAAUCAUUUUAUUAGGACAGCUGUUAAUUCUUCUUGUGAUGAAGGGUCCCAGUUAAGUGAAAGUGCUUAUCAGCCGUGUCAAGGUAAAAUUCUUUGGUUUAUAGAGAUCCGUCUUUGUAAAGAAAUCACCUGCCCACCACCUCCUAUUAUCCACAAUGGGACACAUACAGGAAAUUCCUUAGAUGAUGUCCCAUAUGGAACUGUGAUCACCUACAAGUGUUAUCCUGGGCCAGAGGAAGGAGUGCAAUUCAACCUCAUUGGGGAACGUACCAUCCGUUGUAUAAGUGGCAGCAGAGGAAGAGGCUCCUGGAGUGGCCCUGCUCCUCUCUGUAAACUUUCCCUCCCUGCUGUUCAGUGCUCAGAUGUCCAUGUGGAAAAUGGACAUAAGCUCACUUACAAUGAAGCCCCAUACUUCUACAAUGAUAGUGUGACAAUCAAGUGUAACAAUGGAUACAUACUGAAUGGAAGUAGUCGGAUUCGUUGUAAAGCCAAUAAUACCUGGGAUCCUGAAAUUCCACUUUGUGAAAAAGAAGGAUGUGAGCCUGUGAAAGAACUCCAUGAGCUUCCAGAUGACUCACAUGUGAAACUAGUGAAUAGAGCCUGUCAGCAUGGGUACCAGUUGACUGGACAUGCUUAUGAGAAGUGUCAAAAUGCUGAGAAUGGAACUUGGUUCCAAAAGAUUGCAGUUUGUAAAGUUAUUCACUGUCAACCUCCACCAACUGUUGAAAAUGGGAGGCACACAGGCAUGAUGAAAGAGCACUUCUUAUAUGGAAAUGAAGUCUUGUAUGAAUGUGAUCAAGGGUUUGAUCUUCAGGGAGAGAAAAGUUUGCAAUGCAGAAAUGAUGCUAAAGGACAUGGAUCUUGGAGUGGACCUCCACCAAAGUGCUCAAAAUCUUCUCUUCCAGCUCAUUGCCCUGAUCUGGAAGUUGAGCAUGGAUACAAACUUAAUAAAACUCAUUCUGCAUAUUCCCAUAAUGACAUAGUACAUAUUGCCUGCAAUCCUGGCUUUAUCAUGAAUGGCAGUCACUUGAUAAGGUGUCAUACCAAUAACACAUGGGUACCAGGUAUACCAACUUGUAUCAGAAAAGCUUUCUUAGGUUGUCCUUCUCCAUCCACAAUCCCCAAUGGGAAUCAUACUGGUGGGAAUAGAGCUCUAUUUUCCCCUGGAAUGUCAGUCAUGUAUAGCUGUUACCAAGGUUACCUUCUGGCUGGAGAGGCAAUUCUUCUCUGUACUCAUGAGGGUACCUGGAGCCAACCUGCCCCUUAUUGUAAAGAGGUAAACUGUAGAUUCCCUGAGGAUACAAAUGGAAUCCAGAAGGGACUCCAGCUUGGGAAAAUGUAUCGGUAUGGAGCUACUGUGACUUUGGAAUGUGAGGAUGGGUAUACCUUGGAGGGCAGUCCUCAGAGCCAGUGCCAAGAUGACCACCAAUGGAACCCUCCCCUGGCUAUCUGCAAAUACCGGUCAACUAUUCCUCUUAUUUGUGGUGUUUCUGCAGGCUCAGCAAUUAUCAUUUUGGUUGGUGUCACCUUCUGUAUGAUGUUAAAACAUAGAGAACGCAAUUAUUAUACAAAGACAAGGCCUAAAGAAGGAGCUUUUCACCUACAAGACUGCCACCAACUAACAAUUUGAGCAACCGUGGAAAGGCUACCAUAAAUGCCCUUCCCGGAUAGUGAGAUCAACAACUAAUCCACCAUCAUGGAGCCCUCAUCUAGUACCUAUUGGAAACAGAAGCAAACACCCAUAACUAAACACUGAGUUGAACUAGAAUCCAGAUGCAAAGGGAGAGGACAAGACCAGGUUGCAGAAACACAUAGAGACAGCUGACCUGAACAAGGAGUAGCUAACGGGCCCCCAGACUGAUAGCUGGGAAUCCAGCAUGGGACCCCCUGAAUAUGGUUCUCAGCUAGAAGGACUGAACAGUCUAAGGGACCUCAGAGAGUGGAACCAGGAUGUAUUCCUGGGGCACAAAAGGACCUUGAGGACACAUCCCCCAUGGAGGGAUACUCCCUUAACCUAGAGACAGGAGAGAAGUCCUAGUCCCUACUUCAAAUGACUUGACAGAUUUACAUGACCCCCCCCCCCAGAUGGCAUUGCCCUACAUGUGGAAUGGGGAUGGGGAUG